CAUAAUCAUAACAUUCUAAACGACCAUUAUUAUUCUUUGUAGAUUUAUUAUAGUACAGUAUGUUGAAAAACACUACUCAAGACCCAACUGGUCUCCCUUUACAAGAAAAAGUAGUGCAUAAGAAUACGACGGCACGAGCCAUAGAGCUCGCGAUCCUUUCUCUUCUCGUCUCCUUACUUGUUUAUCGAGUUAUAUCUUUCAAAGACCAACACCACUACCUCCCAUGGCUGCUUGCAUUUUUUUGCGAGUCGUGUUUCACCGUUAUAUGGGUUCUUUCUGUGUCUACUAAAUGGAAUCAAUCUGCCACCAUAACAUACCCGGAACGACUUUCAAAGAGGGUAAAAGAGUCAGAAUUUCCAGCAGUUGACAUAUUUGUCACCACGGCCGAUCCUAUUCUGGAACCAGCCAUCAUAACAAUGAACACGGUGUUAUCAUUGUUAGCUGUCGAUUUUCCAGCUAACAAAUUAGCCCUUUAUUUAUCCGAUGACGGCUGCUCACCAAUUACAUUUUAUUCACUUGUUGAGACAACAAAGUUUGCAGAACUUUGGGUCCCUUUUUGCAAAAAGUAUAACGUUCAAGUUAGAGCUCCGUUUCGAUACUUUACUCACGAUUCCACGCCAUUAGAAAACGACUCAUUAGAGUUCCAAAAAGAAUGGAAAAAGAUGAAGAAUGAAUAUGGGGAUCUUUGCACAAAAAUUGAAAACGCAUCUAAGAGGACGUCGUUCCCAUGUGAUCAAAAUUCAGAAUUUGCUGCUUUCCGUGAUGUCCAUCGCUCAAACCAUCCUGCUAUCAUCAAGGUUAUAUCAGAGAACAAAGAAGGUAGUUCGAACAACUUGCCUCACAUAAUUUACAUCUCAAGAGAGAAGAAUCCCAAACAUCAGCAUUAUUACAAAGCUGGAGCUAUGAACGUUCUGACUAGAGUUUCAGGAGUGAUGACAAAUGCCCCUCUAAUGUUGAAUGUAGAUUGUGAUAUGUAUGCAAACAAUCCACAAUUGUUUCUUCACGCGAUGUGUAUGGUGUUCGGUUUCAACAAUGAUGAAUAUGGUUUUUUCCAGUUCCCACAAGCUUUUUAUGACGGAUUAAAAGAUGACCCUUUUGGGAAUCAACUUGCUAAUUACUAUUAUUUUAUAAACGGGGUAGCAUCACUUCAAGGGAUCUUUUAUGGUGGAUCAAAUUGUUUCCACAGAAGAAUGGUUAUGUAUGGCUCAUCACCGAAUCGUACGACAAAAUUUGGAAACAUGGAUAAUGAAAGUCUACAUAAAAGCUUUGGAAAAUCAAUUGAGUUAAGGGAAUCGGCAGUUCAAGUUUUGUCCGGAUCGAAUACAACUAUACAAAGGCGAAGGUCUCCAACUAGUUUAAUUGAGGUAGCAAUCCUUGUAGCCAGUUCCACCUACGAGUAUGGUACGUCGUGGGGCACAAAGAUAGGUUGGCUUUAUGGAUCUACAGCAGAAGAUAUUCUAACAGGACUCAACAUCCAUGGUAGAGGAUGGAGAUCCGCCAUGACCUCACCGGAGCCACUUGCAUUUCUUGGUUGUGCACCUUCAACAUAUACAUCUUCAUUAGUACAACAAAGAAGAUGGUCCACCGGGCUUUCUGAGGUGUUAUUCUCCACUAAGAACCCAUUAUAUCUUACGAUAAAAGGACAUCUUUGGUUUCGACAAUCCCUUGCUUACUGUUGGAUUUGCUCAUGGGGAGUUCGCUCCAUUCCAGAGUUAUGUUAUGCUGCUCUUCCAGCAUAUUGUCUCAUCACAAACUCACAUUUCCUGCCUAAGAUCAAUGAACCAUCUAUUAUAAUCCCUGUUAGUAUUUUCAUCAUUUACAAUCUCUACACGUUAUGGGAACUCAAACGUUUAGGUAUAUCACUUCGUACAUGGUGGAAUUUACAAAAAAUGGGAAGAGUAAAUGCGAUGACAGCUUGGUUUUCUGGAUUAUUGAGUGUUAUCCUAAAGCUAUCACGCUUUUCCCAGACAGUUUUUGAAGUAACAUCAAAAGAACAAAUCUUGAAUGAUGGUGAUCAUGAUUCAAAUGCAGGUAGGUUCACCUAUGAGAACUCGCCCAUGAUCAUACCUGGUGUUUUCCUUUUGUUGGUCAACAUGACCGCAUUGGUCAACACAAUGUCAAAACUCGCAAAGGCCAACACGACAGGGGUAUCAGGAUUAGGAGAGAUGUUUUGCAGUGUUUGGCUUAUAAUAUGCUUUUGGGAAUUUUUGAAAGGGCUGUUUGGGAAUGGAAAAUAUGGGAUUCCAUCAUCUAUAAUUUGGAAAGCUGGAGCUUUGGCUUUAUUUUUCGUGCAGUUAUGUAGAAGAUCAUUUCAAUUGAUUUAGAUCAGUACUAUCAAAUCAUGAUUUUAUAUGUAUUAUAUGUGUAUUUAGAAUAGCAUAGUAUUAUUUAAGAAUCUUUUUGGAUCAUUAUGUAACACUGCUAAAAUAAUUAUUUAAGGACCAUUUAAAGGAGGUUUCAAAA